AUGGAUUCACAGGCUAUCAUGGUGAACGAACGGUCCAGAUCACGCCGAUGCAUCUGGGUGGCGGCCGUUGUCGGAUUACUCAUGUUGGUUGGAGGUCUCGUAGCCGUAUUGGGUCCUUUAUUCUUCUCCAAAGUCAUCAUACCCAUGCUAGAAUGGGAGCAGAAGAAUCUAAGUCCCCCAGUCCUUGGCGUGGUAGCCGUUGCCAGUAUGGGUCUCUUCCCUGUAGUUCUCAUCCCCACGGGACCGUCGAUGUGGCUUAUUGGGAUUGUCUUUGGGUACGCCUGCGGUUUCAUCCUCAUUAUGGUUGGCUCCUUUAUCGGUCAAUCGCUGCCGUAUUUCAUUGGCCAUUGGUUGUUCCAUGCACGUGUGCAAGCGUGGUUGGCUGAGCACCCACGGAACGCUGCUGUGCUGCGAUUGGCUGAGGCUGGCGGCUGGUGGCACCAGUACCGGGUCACGUUGCUGCUGCGCUUCUCCCCGUUUCCGUUCCUCCUUUUCAACUACGCUGUUACAGCCACGCGCAUCCGCUACGCGCCCUACAUCUGUGCAUCGAUGACUGCCAUGAUUCCCGAAGCCUUUUUCACCAUCUACUGCGGUCGUCUGAUCAGCGAUCUGGCGAAGGCGCGCAAAUGGCACAUAACAGCGGUGGAGCUGGUGUACGAGCUGAUUGGGCUGGCGGCAGAUCAGCUCUUUGCGUACCAUAUUCUCAACCCUUUCCAAUCAUUCCCCCCCCCCCUCUCCCCCCUGCCCCGCUCCCUGUGCUGCAGCGGUCGGCUGAUAAGUGAUUUAGCGGAGGCGCACAAGCGGCACAUCACAGCAGUGGAACUGGUGUACGAGCUGAUAGGGCUGGCAGCAGCGGGAGUGGUGCUGCUGCUGCUCAUGGUGCAUGGCAAGAGGGCUCUGCAGCAGCUCGAGGAGGAGGAGAGAGCCAAGCACAAGGGGCUUGAGAUGGAACAGGUGGCUAGCGGAGGUGCAGAUAGGUCGGGUGCGGUGGAGAUGGGUGCUGCCGGUGCGUUUCUCAGGGGGGAAAUGCCUGCUGCUGAGGUGGCUCUUAUUGCUGACGACCCUCAGAGUGCAGUUAAAAGGGAGGCAGAAGCUCAGGAAGGGAAGCAAGCUCGAUUGGAGGACAUUUUUCUGAUAGUGCACGCUGGCGUUGCUCAAGGCAAAGGUAUCAAUGCGUCACCUCUCCGUCCUCUCUCGAACUCUCCUUCCCCACUGUCUCUCCCCGAGCAGUCAGGAGCGGCGCGGCCAGUGGAGGGCAUGCCGCUGAUGGUGUAUGUGGAGGCAGAGCACGCGCAGGGCCACAAGAACUACCGCCUCACCUACUACUUCCAGGUGACCCUGGCGAGCAGCAACAGCAUACAUCCGACGGUGGCAGCAGAGACAGCAGCGGCGCUCAAGCGCAUUGCCUCUAUCUCAGCCACGGGCCGCCCCAGCCCCUGGGAGAAGGCCGUGCACCCACUGCAGCUCUGGUUCGGCAUCCAAGAGUUUGUGGUGCUGGCACCCGUGACAGCCUCUGGAGUUGUGCUGGACUCACCUGAAGCCUCCAUGCUCCUUAGCACGCUCGCCAUCGCCUCGUGUAACACCGAGUGCUCCCUGCCCUCCUUCGUUCCAGUGCAUGACCCCUCCCGCAAGGCCUUCAUCGGCUUCCAGCACGGGCCCCGAGCCACCCGCACCGGCGCGGGCUCAGGCUCGGGCCGAGGCGUGCGGUCAGGUCCGGGCGCGGGAGGAGGCACGGUGGGAGGGGUGGGCGCGGGGGGCGUGGGCGACUAUCUGUUUCACUACGAGGCGGAUCGCAUCACCAGCAACGUGCCGCAGAACCUGCUGUCCCUCGACGGGCUCUACUACCUCUUUGCCUUCAAGCUGAUAGCAGAGCUCCCCAGCACGGUGGCGUCAGUGUCCCCUGAUGUGACUGUCGCCAUGCGGAUCCGCUACCGCCUGCGCUACUGGGGCUCCCCAGACGCGCCCCCGCCCCCCAAGACCCGCCCAGCAGAAGCAGGCGCAGGGGCGGGGGGCGAGGAGGGCGCAGGCGCAGGGGCGGAGGAGGAGGACGAGUUCUGGGGGCAGGAGAGGGCGUGGGACGAGGGCAUGGCGUGGAGCGUGUGGCACUCGGUGGACGAUCCGGUGAAGGGGUUUGAGCUGGUGGCCACGUGGAAGGAGCUCCGGGCUAGUAGCUCGUCGGGCAUGGCUCAGAUGGAGCAGCUGGAUGCCACCACUGCGGAUGAGUGGCUGCUUCGUGCGCUUCUCGCCCCCACCAGGACUGACUUUGACAGUGACGAUCCCCCUCAGGGCUUUGCUGGGCGGCUGCAUGCGCUGCUGGGGGCGUACGUGGUGUCCACCACAGGCCAGUACAUGGAAGACUUUAUAGCGGCUCAGAACUUUGCGCGGCGCAACAAUAUGACCAUCCCACCGCCCAGUGUCAUGGAGCGAGUGGUCAAGGACCUCUUCCACUCGAAGGAGGCACUGGCGUCAGUGUCCAAGUACAUGGGGAAGGCGUCAGAGCAGCAGGAGGCGAGCUCCAUCUCUGAUGCUGACCGCGGCACCACCAUCACCACUGCCAGCAGUGUCAUCAGCAGCAUCAGCGCCACCGACACCAGCGUUACUGGCAGCGGGGUGAAGGGUCCUGCAGGAGAGGGAGCAGUUGGGGCAGGAGCGGAGGGAGGGGGAACAGAAGGUGCAGGGGGGAAGGGCAUGGAGGAGAAUGGGCUGAGUGGCAAGUUCAAGGGGGCAACGCACAUUGGCAAGGCGGCGCCGGUGGAUUCGCUCUUCUCACGCCUCGCUCUGCAUGUGCUGCGCUUCGGCACCUGCAACAUUCGAUGUGAGCCCCUGCCCUGCCCUGCCGAUUUCCGUGGCUGGAUUUUACUUGCGAGCUGCGGUGGAACUGCCACGGAAGAGGAGGCGGCUUGUGCAUAUGAUACGGCUGUGAUCGAGAGGGAUGGCCCAGAUGCCUUGAAUAACGCUACUAUCCGUGGUAGCGCUGUGGCUGGAGGUCACAUCACACGUGAGCUGAGGUGUGACUGGGAGCAGGAUCCUUGCCUUUUGACAAUUCUCAAAAGUCACACGAAUGCUGUGGCUGGAAUUCACAACACACGUGAGCUGAGGUGUAACUGGGAGCAGGAUCCUUGCCGUGUCCCCUCUCGUUGCUCUCUCAUCCCUAACCCUCUGCCCCCUUGCACUCUCCCUUCUGGCCCACUUUCAGCCGUGGCGGCGCUGUGGCUGGAGUUCACCCGAGAGCUGCGGUGGAACUGGGAGCAAGCGCUGCCCAUCCCUCGAGUCAUUGCUGACGGGCCUCCCAACACCGCCACCUGCCUCAUUCACCAGAAGCUGCAGCUGCUGCAGGAGUGCAUCAAGCGGCGGCGCAAGCAGCAGGAGCGGGAGAUGGAGGAGCGCAUGCGGCACGCAGAGCGCAUGCACCAGAUCGCCGCCGCCAAGCUUGUAGGCGAGCGCGUGGAGGAGCUUGUAAGGGGUACAGCGCUCGACGACGGCCCGACUCGCGCUGACUCGAGGCGCGGCGGCAGCGGGAGAGAGAGGGGAGGGAGGGGGAGUGAUAGGGAGAGGAGGGGCGGGAGGGAUGAGGAGGAGUGGGAGGGGAUGGAGAGGUCUGGGAGUGAGGGCGGUGGCUGGCAUGAUGGCAGGGCGGGUCGCGGGCGGGGAGGGCGGGGUUGGGACGAUGGCGAUGGUGCUAGCCCGUACCACGACGACAAGACGCCCUCGGGGGACUCGGACACGCACGGGUCGCACGACGUGGCGUUCUAUGAUGAGGGCGGCGUGGCCGAUGGUGACUCGCCUUCCUACCGCAGUGAAGAGGACCUGGAUGAAUAUUUUAGCGAGAGCGACGUAUCGGACGACGACACGUGGGCGGAGAGGGGCCGCACGAGCCACGGGCUCACGGGGGCGAUGGCGAGGGGGCGGCGCCGCGUGCGCCGGCGGGGGGUGGCGGGGCCGGUGAAGGGCGACCUGUGGCUGCUGCGCGUGAGGCGGCGCAUGCUGGAGCCACACACACAGGACCCGGUGUUCAUGAGUGAAGACAUGAUCGAGGAGAAGGAGCGCGCUAUGGAGGCCCUGGGCAGCACCCCGGCGGGACGUGAAACUCGAGCUCGCAUGCAGAGUGAUGUUGUUGCUUCAGACAUGUCGGCUUUCAAAGCUGCGAACCCCGGGGCUGUGCUAGAGGACUUUGUGCGCUGGCACUCGCCCAACGACUGGCUGCCAAUCACAAGCGCGGAUGAGGGCUCUGAUGACGUGGACGAUUACGAUGAUGAGUAUGACGAUGGGGGCAGGCGGUACGGGAGGGAUGAUGAUGACAGGUACGGGCGGGGCGGCCGGUAUGAGGAUCGGGAGGACAGGUACGGCAGGGGAGGAGGGGACAGGUACGGAAGGGGAGGCGAGGAGAGGUACAGGAGGGAUGACAGCUUGAGGGACGCGAGUGGGAGGUUCAGUGAUAGUGGGAGUGGGAGGUACGGGGAGAGCGGGAGGUAUGCUGAUGAUGAUUAUUCAGACAGGGAGAUUGAUAGGGAGAGGGAGCGAGAGAGAGAGAGGGAGAGGGAGAGAGGGCGAGACACGGAAGAGAGUGAUGUUGACAGAGAGGUGGAUAGGAGGGGUGGUGGCAGGGAUAGGAGCAGGGAGAGGGAGAGGGAGAGGGAGGAGGGAGGAGAGUAUGGUGGCAGAGACAAGAGUAAGAGGGAGGGGGACUCUGAUUACGACCAGGAUGGGACUCCUGGGAAAGAGAAGAAGGAGAGCUCUCUUUCUCGCCGCCCCAGCAGCAGGAGCCCCAGAAAGGACAAGGAAGAGGAAGAGGAGUUUUUUGAAGCAGCUCAGGAUGAGAAGACAGGGGAGGGGGAGGCUGGUGAGGAAAAGGCAGAGAAAGGGGAGGAUGGGAAGAAGGAAGGCAAGGAAGAGAAGGUUGAAGUGGGAGGGGAGAGUGUGGGGGAUGGUGGGAAAGAGAUUGAGAAGGAGGAGGGUGUGAAAGAGAGUGAGGUGGAAGCGACUGAGAAGGCUGUGGAGAAAGGAGAGAGGGAGGAGGACAAGGACAACAGCGAUAGGGAGAAGGAGAGAGAGGGGAGCGAUAGGGAGAGAGACAGGGAUAGGGACGCGCUCAAGGGGAGGGAGGAGGAGAGGGAGAGGGAGAGGUAUCGAAGCCCAGAACCAGACAGUGACCCAGAGAGGGAGAGGGAGAGGGCGAGGGGAAGGGGCAGCGGGAGGGGGCGAGAGGAGGGGGAGUACAGCGACGACCGCGAGGAGUGGGACGAGUUUGGCGAGCGGCGCCGCGGCCACGACAGGCGCGACCAUCGCGACAGCCGUGACGACCGUGAUGACAGAGAUGGCCGACGUGACUUCCGUGACGGCCGUGACAGGCGCGGCGACCGGGAUGAUGGUGAUGAUUAUGGUGAGCGCGACUGGAGGGACGACGGCAUGAGGAGGCGGGACAGCGACGAGCACGAGCGUGGCGGGCGCAGGGGGGGGAGAGGGAGAGGCGGCGGCCGCGGGAGGGGUCCCGGUGGUGGUGGUGGAGGGAGCAGGAGGAGGCGGUACCGCGUGGAUGGGUCGGGGUGGCCGCCCAGGGGGAGGUUGUCGGAGCGCAUGGAGGAGGUGCAUGGCAACCUGUGGCGCGAGCUGUGGGACAGCGCUGAGCCUGAACCUGCUCAUGAGCAGAGGCCUAUUUUCCACUUCGACCUGGAGGGCGAGAAGAUCCUGCACUACCUUGACACGGUUGUACCCGAGGAGCUGCUGGGGCAGCUGCUGGCGACGUGCUUCUCGUCCGCCGUGCUGCUGCUGGGCCGUGACCAGGGGGGGCGGGAGGAGCCCGUGGCGGAGCAGAGGCAGCGCGUGGCCGGCAUGGUGGCCAGCAUGUGGCAGUGGCUUGAUGACCUGGGUGGGAUUGGCUACUCAGUGGGUGGGAUUGGCUACUCAGUGGGUGAGAUUGGCUACUCAGUGGGUGGGAUUGCCUACUCAGUGGGUGGGAUUGGCUACUCAGUGGGUGGGAUUGGCUACUCAGUGGGUGGGAUUGGCUACUCAGUGGGUGGGAUUGGCUACUCAGUGGGUGGGAUUGGGGACUGCUGCCGCGACCAGGGCGGGCGAGAGGAGCCCGUGGCGGAGCAGAGGCAGCGCGUGGCCGGCAUGGUGGCCAGCAUGUGGCAGUGGCUUGAUGACCUGGGUGGGAUUGGCUACUCAGUGGGUGGGAUUGGCUACUCAGUGGGUGGGAUUGGCUACUCAGUGGGUGGGAUUGGCUACUCAGUGGGUGAGAUUGGCUACUCAGUGGGUGGGAUUGCCUACUCAGUGGGUGGGAUUGGCUACUCAGUGGGUGGGAUUGGCUACUCAGUGGGUGGGAUUGGCUACUCAGUGGGUGGGAUUGGGGACUGCUGCCGCGACCAGGGCGGGCGAGAGGAGCCCGUGGCGGAGCAGAGGCAGCGCGUGGCCGGCAUGGUGGCCAGCAUGUGGCAGUGGCUGGAUGAUCGUGAGUCAUGGGAGUGA